AUGAUCGCCAGCACAAUAACACAACCGGACUCACCAUGCUCUCUUCAAUCCUCAGAUAUUGAAAAGUUUGCAAGCAUGGCAGCAACAGCAAAGCCGAACACGGCGGCCGGUGCCGCAAUCUACAUGCCCAUACUCCUUCGCUACAUCUAUGACCCGGUCGUCCUCGGCUUCUACUGCCCGAAAGCAUGGCGUAUCACAUCAAGACGCAUGCGGGAGUUCUUCAACAGGCACGUCUCCAGCGCCUCGGCCCGUUCACAGUCGCCCAGCCUCCGCAGAACAUCAGAUACCAACGCCUUCUCACCCUGUCGGAUACUGGAUAUCGGCGUCGGCACGGGAUACUUUCUCAAGCAUGCACCCAUACCAGCCGGGUCCGAGGUCUACCUCGCCGACCUCAACCCCGCGGCCCUGGAAGCAGCUAGAGAACGAACGCUAGACGCGCAUCCCGAGACGACCUGCGAGACCUCUGUCGCCGACUUUCUAGACCCCCUGGGAACGGGCCUAUGCUGCAAGGACCUUGGCGGGGGAGACUUUGACGCGAUUUCCGUCAUGAUGCUGCUGCAUUGCGUGCCUGGUCCGCCGUCGAAUAAGGCCGAGGCUUUAAUGCGCUUGCGGCGAAGAGGUAGAUGGAUACGAUGA